AUGGACGGGAGCGCCCAGGAAGUAGCUCUUGCACUGCAAGGAACUCUUCAGCAGGACCCCAAUGUACGAAAACAAUCUGAAAAUCGAAUCUGGGAGUAUGGAAAGGUUUCUGGUUUUGCAUCACUUCUCCUUCGACUGGCCUGCAGCGAUGAAACCGCUGCUGAGAUUCGCAUGGCUGCUGCCAUCGCUUUGAAGAACUUCAUAAGGAAGAACUGGGGUGAAGCUCCAGAGGUUGAUCUCACUGCUGAAGAAGAGGAGGAGAUUCGACAGUCUGUACUUCAAGGGAUGUUUCUUAUUCGAGGAACCUUGCAGGGACAACUUUCCCAUGCUGUUCAGCUAAUGGCUAAGCGAGACUUUCCUGAUCGUUGGCCCUCUUUGGUGCCAUCACUGGCUGAGCACAUGAAAGUUGACGAUCUUGGUCGACUAGUGGCUGCCCUAUCUGCAAUGGAUCAACUAUUUAAAAAAUUCCGUUAUGAGAGCAAAUCUACGGCUUUGUGGACCGAACUGAAGUCGUGUCUAUUAACUGUCCAAGAACCUCUUACUCAAGUAUACGCAAAAAUGAUCGAAUUCAUUCCUCAGCGGUCAACAAUGACUUCUGAAUCUCUACUUCAAUGGCUAGAGAUUUUGUGCCUUGUCAGCAAAGUGUUCCAUUCGUUAUGCUUUCAAGAUUUACCAGAAUACUUUGAGGACAACAUGAAACCGUGGAUGGAAGGGUAUUUAGAGAUAAUGAAGAUGGACUGUCCUAAGGUCACCUCGAGUGGCGGAGAGCCAACUUUUCUCGAUGAAUUAAAGAUGGAAGUUUGCGAGAUAUUCACGCUUUACGCACAACGCUUUGAAGAAGAAAUCAGUCCAUUCAUGCAGAACAUAAUUCAAGCGGUUUGGCAGCUUGUUGUACAAACGGGCAGUGAAACAAGAUUUGAUGGAAUGGUAUGUGCAGCUCUCGAAUUUUUGUCGAUCAUCUCUCAGAAAACUCACUAUGAAAGUUAUUUUGUCGGUGAAGGAGUACUACAAACGAUUGCACAAGAUGUAUGUGUGAAGAAUAUGCAUCUACGACAGGAAGAUCUGGAAUUGCUCGAAGAUGAACCGAUUGAUUUCAUGAAGAAAGAUAUAGAAGGAACCGACUCUUGUACACGAAGGCGUGGAGCGAUCGAUCUUGUUCGUGCUUUAUGCCGAAAAUAUGAGGAACGGUUGGUUCCUAUUUUAGCACAGAUAGUGCAAUCAUUGUGUUCGGACGGUGACUGGAUGAAGCUUGAUGUUGUGUAUUGCCUCGUGACAGCGAUAGCCUCAAAAACUGAAACAGCAAAAAGUGGCGCAACAAGUACAAGUCAGCUGAUCAACGUUGCUGAUUAUUAUGCAGGUCAAGUGCGGGGCCAUCUCUCAGCGAAUGUAAAUGACACUCCUAUUCUGAAGACAGAUGCGUUAAAAUUCGUUGUAACAUUUCGAAACCAACUUCCGGCUGAAGUGCUGGUGGAAGUGGUGCAAGCAGCAGAUCGUCUUCUUAGCGCACGGCUACCCAUCCUGCACAAAUAUGCUGCUUAUGCUGUUGACAAGUUGCUUUUAGUAAAGGAACCAAACAAUACUGGUCCGCUCUUGACUGCGAAGGUGGUACCAGUUGGAUCGCUUCUCAGCAAUCUUGUCGCCUGUUUUGACAAAGAUACUAAGGCUCAAAAUUCCCCUUAUCUUAUAAAGGCUGUACUACGUUGUGUGGCGAUACUCGAUGAAGAAACAGCUCGUCAUGGCCAUCAGAUAGCCUCGAAGUUGUCGUCUCUAGUAGCAGCAGCCAUAAAGAAUCCGGCCGAUGCGGUGCAUACUCAUUUCCUGUUCGAGACCAUGUGUGUGCUAAUCAAGAAGACCGAAACUUUGGCUAAUGGUAGCCUGGAUGGUGAACUAAUGCCGUUAAUCGAAACGAUUUUGAGUCAAGAUUUGGCCGAUCUCGUGCCGUAUGCACUUCAAAUUACCGGUGUUCUACUAAUGUCUUCCUUCACGCGUUCUCAAAAUGUCGAUCAGAAAUAUAUCGCCUUUCUGCCGUAUCUACUUUCUACGGAACUUUGGGCUCGCUCUGCUAAUGUACCGGCUGCUUUGUCUGUGUUGGAGACCUUUUUGAAGCGGUGUCCUGAAGCUGUGGUUCAAGAGAACGGCGCCUUGAUUAUGCAGCACUUUUCGAGGCUAGUGGGAUCUAAAUCGCUUGAUCAAUAUGGUUUCCAACUAGCUAAUGCUAUCCUUCCAGUUGUAGAAAUGGUCCAAGGUGUGGAGAAUCCGAUGAAUGUAUUGCUCAAUAACAUGUUUCGGCGAGUGCAAUUCAGCAAAACUCCGAAAUUCAUGAAACAUUUCGUUGUAUUUCUAUGCAGAUUUGCAAUUGUUCGAGGAGCAGAGUUACUCGCUAAGUCAGUUGAAGCGAUUCAAACCGGAAUGUUCCGGAUGCUAUUGGAAAAAGUGAUGGUCGCGGAACUGAAUGGCUUGCAAAAUCUCACGACAGUGGAAGACAAGAGGACAAUUGCAAUUGGCAUUGCAAACAUACUGGCUGAUGCUACGAACUACGUAGGUGAUCAGUACGGCAACGUGGCUGUUGGUGUUGCUCAAUUGGUUGAAGCUCCUUCAGCAAGCGAUCGUCCUGUUCUUUCACCGGAAGAAGAACAGGCUUCCAUGUACAAUGCUGAAGGAGAGUUCACAAAUCCAUACUGCCGUCUUAGUUAUGCACCACGACCUGAUCCUCUUGUACCGGAUAUUACGAAUUACAAAAAUUAUCUUGCACGAGCCGUGCUUCAACGUGGUCCUGCAGCGAACUCCGCCGUUGAAGCGUGUAUACCAGCAGAACUACGAACGCAUCUCAUGGCUUAUGCCUAA